UCUCCCGUGUUCCGGUUUGAUUAUCGCUAGCUUGACGCAGCAGUUUAUGUAAGGGGGCCACAGCUUCUGUUAUCAAACUGUGCUACUGGUCACGUGUCCACAGAGAGGAGAAAGUUGCUGACCGCUUCAUUAUCAAUGGAAGCUCACUGAAAGAACCUCCGUACCUUUUGCAUCAUGCAGCUGGAGGCUCAACUUCGUCUGUGUCAGAGUUGUCUUUGGUGUUGCAAGAGUGGGCUGCGUCUGCUGUCCCAGAGCAAUGCACACAGAAAAGCUGUGAACUACUAUGAUCUCCUGGGAGUCAAAUCCAGUGCGUCCUUGGAAGAAAUAAAAAAGGCCUUUUUUGACAAAUCGAAGAAGCUGCACCCAGACAGCGACCCAGCCAACCCAGCGCUGCACAGCCAGUUUGUGGAGCUGAAUGAAGCCUACAGAGUGCUGAGCAAAGAGCCGAGCAGGAAGGAAUAUGACUUCAAAGUCAGACAUGCAUCAUACAGCGGGGGCCAGGCCUUCAGCUCUACCUCCAGAUCUACCUCCAGUCACACCAGCUACAGACCCAGUGCGGCUGACCAGGACAACAUCCGUUACUGGGAGCAGUUUCGUCAGUCUCAAGCGCAGGAGGCGACAGCAGAUGAGAGGCAGAGGAGGAGGAGGAAGAACUUCCGCAUGGUGGGCUACUGUUUCCUUGCUAUGGUGCUCAGCAUCGGAGCCCACGCAGUCUUCUUCAGUAAACUUGAAGAAUUUCACAAUAACUUCAUGGACGAGAAAGAUCGAGUCAUCACAGACAUUUACAAUGAAACCAAAGAGAGGGCCAGGGCCAAUGGUUUUAAGAAACAGACUGAAAUCCUGCGGCAGAAACAUGCUGAGUUUCUGGAGAAAUACAAGAUCCCCAAUAAUGGAAAGGACAAGUAGGAGAGUCUCCUGCUGUCCUCUGAUGAGGGAGCUCGAACAUCCAGCAGUGGAAGGCGGCAGACUGGAUGUGGUACUUGAUUUUAGGUUUUUAAAGUUUAUCCUUGUUUGUCCUCAGUUGUGAUGUUGAGGGCUUGAAGACACACGGAACAUGUUUUUGAUGUGGGACGGUUUUAUCUGGUCAUGCAAGUGUUUCUUCAUGACUAAGCGGAGCUGCACAUCAGACUGGACCGCUCCCUUGAGCCAUUUAUACAAAGUAUUUGAAGUGAUGUAAUGUUUAAGAGGAUGCAGCAACAGUACAAACACUAACCUCUCGGGUAUUUUUCUAAAAGAGCCAUAAUUUAAACUGCCGCUAAUGAAUUCACAGGAACAUGAUACUUUAUUAUCCUCGGCCUCAUUGCUGCGUUUGUAGUGCUCAGAGAUAACAGCAAGUUGAUACCAGAUGACAGCUGAUGAGUUCAUCAAGUCAAGACAAGACUAGUAGUCUCACAUAGCCAGACCUUUC